CUUUUUUGGUUAUUGUUUUUGAGACUUCUUUUAUUAGCACUGGUGUAAGUGGUACUUUUUUAUCAAUGGACACUCCUUCUCGUCGACUUUAUAUGGCUGCCACGACGCCGCCACGAGAGGAGAAUCGCUCUACUAACCAAAAAGAGACCAUCAACGAGCUUGCUCGGACGCUAAAAGCUCGUUUGCAAUUUGCACGGCUGAAAGUGCAGAGUGGCAUGGCAGAUAAAGAUUUUCAAGAGGUGGAAGAUGUAUUUUCCAAAGACCCAGAGAGCGAUCAAACUGGACGUCAAUUUCCUUUAACUCCAGCCUCUCCGCCACAUAUACGAAAACGCAUACGGCGAAGCAGUGGAUACGACAGCGAGGAUGAUCAGCAAGAAGCUGCAGCGGCAAGAACCAUCAUGAUGCUAUCCAGCAGUGGUAGCCCAAGGCCACGAAUGAAACGACCUCUUCAAGAAGAUCCACCCGGAUUUCGUCGACGUUAUCGUCCAAAUAUCUUUGAAGAAGACAAGGAAGAAUAUCCACCCUCUUUCUAUGACUAUGUCGCUCAAGAUCCCGAUUACGAGCGAAGGAGUCGCAUUGUAGGGCGAAAUUUGCCACGUCUGACUGUGGAUCAGAGGGAUCAGCCCGCCUCUUCUCCUUACCUUCAUCCUCCACCAUAUACAACAUAUUCAAAUCCUGCUCCUUAUUAUCAUUAUUCACCAUACAACACGCCAACUCCUUACCAUCACUCUUCGCCACAUUUGCCGCCUUUACAAACACACCCACCAUCCUAUCGCCCAAGUCACUUUGCUUACUCAAGCCCUCAUACCAUGUCACGCCCGUCACGGUGAGAUAACAUUCUCAAAAAAUGUCCGGGAUUCUUUUUUGAAGUAUGUAAACAUCCCUUUCCCACUUAUCCUUGCUUUUUUUUUCUUGUACGGCACUCUCUGUGUAUGGAGCGACCAAGAAUAGAACCCAGUUUUUCCCGAAGACAGAACGAAACGCGC